AUGGCCGCCUUGGCUUUCCCGGCUACCUGGUCAUCGACCAUCACUAGGUCUAAUCGCGCACUUCUAGACGGUGGCGAUUUUUCCUCGGCCAUCAUUCUGGCGUACCACCUAAUUGGGUAUUCACAGAAUCUUGACUUUGGCUCUCUACGUCCCGGUCCAUUCCGUCGAUCUCUCUCUCCAUUGGUUUUGUCUCUCUUCGCCAUAAAUUAUUUGAUUGGUAUAUACUUCACGAUCUAUUCCGGUUCAUUACUUCCCGAUUGGAUUGAAACAGACCCUCGAUCCCUUAACCCCUUGUAUCGAAACUUGAUCCAAGGCGACUCCUCUAUCCCAGAGCGUCAAAUCGGCAGGGAAUAA